UGCAUCUUUGCAUGCGUGUUUAGUCUGGCCUAAAACUAACCUCGCCACUUGGAUAUAGACACCUACCUACCUGGUAAUUAUAAAGAUAGAUCAACCAAAGACUAGCCACUAUCAAAUUCCUAUCAGCAAGAAACAUGGCUGCCAAAAGUGUCCUGAUCCUCGGAGGAAAUGGCAAGAUCUCGAGGCUCCUGACCCCGAUGUUACUAGGUAAAGGCUGGAAAGUUACCAGCGUCAUCAGAGACCCGGACCAGCAGCAGGCCAUCAGGGCCGACGCCCCCGCCUCGGGCACGCUCGACGUCCUCAUCCGCAGUCUCGAGGCGGUCCGGAGUGAGGCCGAUGCACGCGCCAUCAUCCAGGAGUCGAACCCGGACUACGUCGUCUGGUCCGCUGGAGCCGGCGGCAAGGGCGCCCCGGAGCGCACCUUCGCCAUCGACCGGGACGCCGCCAUCCAUUUCAUCAAGGCCUCCGCCGCGACCCCCUCCGUCAAGCGCUUCGUCAUGGUAUCCCACCUCGGCUCGCGGCGUCGCAAGCCUGCCUGGUGGUCUGACGCCGACUGGGACGCCUGCCGGCACCUGGCCGAGGCCGUCCUGCCGCGCUACUACCAGGCCAAGCUCGCGGCCGACGAGGUACUACACCGCGAGGGCCGCACGGGGCGGCCCGACUUUGUCGCCGUGUGCCUGCGCCCGGGGACCCUGACGGAUGGCCCGGCCGGGCCCGUCGACCUGGGAAGGACGGCGGCGGGGACCGGCAAGGUGAGCCGCGCCAGCGUCGCCGAGGUCGCGGCGGCGCUGCUGGAGCUCGACGACGAGCGGGCCGCCGGGGUGCGGAACAGCUGGCUGGACCUGUUGGACGGGGGCGAGGACGUCCAGGGUGCGGUGGCCCGUGUCGCGAGGGAGCGUGUGGAUGCUGCGCCGGGUGAGCCGGUGUUUGAGGAGGAGUAGCGAGUGGUAUGUAGAGGGGAAGAGUUGUUGCUUUUGGCUACAUGGAUGGUUCGUUACGAUGUACGGUCGAACAAUGAAAAUAUGCUCCUGGCAGAGAGAAGCCCGAAACGCGCAAAAAUGCAUCGACCCGGUGCCCAAACAUGGGAUAAAACAAAAAUAGUUGGGUAUUCGGCUAAUAGUUAUAUGCAGGUAUAGAUACACAUGCUAUGCAAAAAAA